UGACAACAUCAUAUCAAGGAGCACCCUUCAACUUCAUCUAUUCUCUAUGAACUUGGAAGUAAAACAAAAAUUACCCUCUCCAAUUCCCAAAAGCCGAGAGCAUCGAUUCCUGAAAACAGAAGAUGCAUUCAAUCAAUACACGCCCAGAUAGGCAGUCCAGUCUGAAGGAUCUGACUGGACAGGGCAAGGGCACUCUCUUCCAGAUAUUCAGAUCCAUUCCCAUCGCAAAACCCGUGGAUUCAAGAUGUGAACCCGGUGUUCAUACACCCGACGAGAUCACCAAUCCCAUGUUUUCAUCAUCGUGAGAUGCUACCGGUACAGUACUUGGUACAAAAAAAGCAAAUCUACGAAGUAAGGUUCACCAGUCGCGAGGGUUCCAGGGAUAUUCGCCGGGUUUCGGGCAGCAGAGUGUCAACAUUCCUACGCCGCGGUUCUAAAAGCAGAGGCUUGGCGUAAGAAUUAAAUUCAGGGGAUACGACGGGACAGGUAUAGGUCAUCUUGGUCUGAUGCCUGGGCUCUGUGUUGGCCAUCCGUUCUCCUCAGACGGUUGGAUAGUACAGAGUAUAUCCUCACUUUCACUCGUACCGAUAUCCGCAGGACCGCAUCUUGUCUGAAGCGCGCUUCCUUCUGCCGCUGUGCGAAACAUAAGUAGGUACCUACGGCUACCUGCUACGGCUACCUGCUACGGCUACCUGCUACGGCUACCUGCAUCUGCAUCUGCAUCUGCAUCUGCUGUGCCGUUACCACGUAUUCCGUUUAUCCGCUUCGGUUCCGCAGCGAUGGACGCCCAUGAGGUAGCUUACAACGCAUUUCCUCACCAAUGAAACUCGCAACUGAUAGUGCAUCUAGAACAAGGGAGUGUUGACCAUAGUCAAGGGGAAGCGAAUCUCACUGUUGCUCAAAACAUUGUUUGCCUUCUUCGUCAUAUAUGCCGUCAGUCUACUAUGGCCAUCCUCGGUCAAGGGCAUUUCCAUCCCAUACAACAUCUCGAGGCCGCCGCCAGCCGACCCAUACCAUGCAUUGGGCGUACAACCAGACACGCGAAACGUAGCGGCCAUCAUCGAGACGCGACCGCUUGAAAAUCUGGGUCCAUUAAUCCUACACUUCUCCUCCGUCCUCGGUCCCAACUGGCCCAUCCACAUCUUCACCGAAAAAACCGACCACCUGCAAUCAGCCGCGCUCCAACGAGCCGUCACACUCAAGAACCUCGUCAUCCACAUCCUCCCCUCGAACAUCACAUUCGACACCCGCGAUGCCGUCUCCGAAUUCCUGACCCAGCCCUGGUUCUACGAACAACUCGCGCCCGCCGGCCACAUCCUGCACUUCCAAGCCGACAGCAUCAUCUGCGCGAACGCCCCGAUGCACAUCGACGACUUCCUCCAAUACGACUUUACCGGUGCACCCAUCACGCCCGAGUUCAAGACAGCAGCGGGCUACAACGGGGGAUUGUCCCUUCGCAACCGCGCGAUGAUGCUCGACAUCAUCGCGAAGAAAUCAUGGAAGAGCGAGCAAGCCGCGGCCUGGGACCCCGAGGAUAAAACCACCCGCUACGAGAUGCGCUACGAGGAUCAAUGGUUCUAUCAGAAGAUGAUUGACAUGCCCCCCAAGGCGGACGGGAGUCCCUACGCCCGACUGCCGGAUCGCGAGGAGGCCAAGAAGUUCUCGGUCGAGACGUUUUGGUACGAUACACCCAUUGGAUUCCAUCAGGUUGGCCGAUGGGACGUCUGGACUGAGGAGCGGUUGAAGGCUCAGGAGAAGUACUGUCCGGAGUGGGCGCUUGCGACGAAGGAGGAAGUUAAAGACCAAUAAGUGAAGGAUGGGUUCUCUUUUGCCUGCCUGACUGACAGCACGUGGGAUUUUGGAGAUCUAACGGCGUUGGAAAGAAUUUCUUUUUGUAUCAUCUCUUUUUUCACUAGACGGGGUUUUUGGCAUACCCGUGGAUGGCGUUACCAUUUUCUUGUAUAUGUAUACUUUUAGGGGGAUUGGGGAUUUGGAAUCCAGCUACUGAACAUGUAUUUAUUGUCCAUACAGCUCUUCGACUACCGCUCUUCAGCAAGGGGUUUCUAUGAAAUACACACGAGACACAAGACAUAAGAACUUUUCCUUACA